AUGGCAACCGGUGUCAAGCAGGCGAUCGCGAGAGUCGAGCAGGAGGUCACACAAGUCCGGGAGGAGAUUGCCGGACUCAAGGCUGGACUGAAGGUGGAAGAGGACUGUAAAGAGCGUAAGCUCAUGCAGCAGCAGCAGCUGGCAGCACUGCAACAGCAGCUGGGAGGACUGCACCAGCAGCUGGGAGGACUGCAGCAGCAGCUGGCAGGACUGCAGCAGCAGCAGCCAG